AUUUGGUACACUCUAGUCGUGGUCUCACCAAUCAAACUGUAUGUAGCUAGCAUGUGACAGUGGCGGUGAUUUGGAAUCGCCCCCCAUUGGUCAGGUCUAGAAGCACAAGUACAAGUGAAAGUGGUAUUAAAAACUCCUGCUUGUUGCAAGUUAAUUGAAGGGCCUGUGCAUCUGAAAUGGCUGAUCCAUCAGAUGCUAUUCUGAGCAGCAGUUUUGGCGAGCCCAGUAGUCCUCCACAAAGCCCCAGUUCAAGAACAGGUGGUGUUGAUCCGAGUAGUCCUCCUGGGCCACAGUUUGAGGAUGAAGCUGACGAGUUGCUAGGCAAUAACGACCUGAGGGAGGAGGAGGAAGAAGGAGAGGAACUGUUUGGGGACAACUUUGAGAGGGACUAUCGCACCAUCGCCCAUCUGGACACAUACAAUGCAGAGGGGCUGGACCAGGGUGACUAUGACUCCAUGUCCCCCGGGGCAAGGGCGGCCGCUGAGAGGGAGUUGAGGAAGAGGGACCGACAAGAUGCACUGGCAUCCGGCCGUAUGAGACCAGGCCUGCUCUAUGAGGAGAGUGAGGAUGAGGAAUUGGGACCAUCACAGCCGAGACGGAGGAGGGGGGCGGGAGAGAGAGCAGCCGAUCAGAACAUGGACUUUGAGCAGGGUCCUGAGCAAAUUGAAAGUCUGGAGGACAUCAAAGGUCACACGGUGCGCGAGUGGGUUUCCAUGGCAGCACCAAGAGCGGAAAUCAAGACAAGAUUCAAGAACUUUCUCCGCACGUAUGUGGACGAGAAUGAAAUCAACGUGUACAAAGACAAAAUCAGACAAAUGUGUGAAGCCAAUGGUGAGAGUUUGGUGGUGGACUACAACGUGCUGGCCAAUGAGCAGCAGGUGAUUGCUUUCUUCCUCCCUGAGGCGCCAACUGAAAUGCUCAAAAUCUUUGAUGAGGCGGCUAAAGAGGUGGUGCUCUCCUAUUUCCCCAAAUACGAUUACAUAGCUAGUGAGAUCCACAUCAGGAUAGCAGAGCUGCCACUCAUGGAGGAGCUCAGGUCGCUGAGACAGCUGCAUUUGAACCAGCUAAUCCGUACUUGUGGGGUGGUGACUUCUAGCACUGGGAUCCUCCCUCAACUCAACAUGAUCAAGUACGAUUGCCUCAAAUGUGGAUUUAUCUUAGGGCCCUUCUAUCAGAAGCAGGAUCAGGAGGUUAAGCCGGGCACCUGUCCGGAAUGUCAAGCCAACGGACCCUUUGAAAUCAACAUGGAACAGACACUCUACCAGAACUACCAGAGGAUUAAAAUCCAGGAGAGUCCAGGCAAGGUGGCAGCCGGGCGCCUCCCUCGUUCCAAAGACACCAUCCUCCUAGCAGACCUUGUCGACUCUUGCAGACCAGGGGACGAAGUGGAUCUGACUGGUGUGUACACAAACAAUUACGAUGGUUCUCUGAACACUGCAAAUGGGUUUCCUGUGUUUGCCACGGUGAUUGAGGCUAACCACGUGAGCAAAAAGGACGACAAAAUGGCGAUUGCUAGUCUCACUGACGAAGAGGUGAGGUCCAUACAACUGCUGUCCAAGGACGAGAGGAUCGGGGAUAGGAUUAUUGCAAGUAUAGCCCCCUCAAUCUAUGGCCAUGACGACAUCAAGAGAGCCAUUGCCCUGGCAAUGUUCGGUGGAGAGCCUAAGAACCCAGGUCAGAAGCACAAGCUGCGUGGUGACAUCAACGUGCUGCUUUGUGGGGACCCAGGUACUGCCAAGUCCCAAUUCCUCAAAUACGUUGAGAAGAUAGCCCCUCGACCCAUCUUCACGACGGGUCAGGGUGCAUCUGCCGUGGGUCUCACUGCCUACGUCCAGCGCAGCCCAGUCACCAAGGAGUGGACUCUCGAGGCCGGGGCUCUGGUCCUCGCUGACAAGGGUGUGUGUCUUAUCGAUGAAUUCGACAAGAUGAAUGACCAGGAUCGUACAAGUAUCCACGAAGCGAUGGAGCAGCAGAGCAUCUCCAUCAGCAAAGCUGGCAUUGUGACUUCUCUUCAGGCACGCUGCUGCAUCAUUGCAGCUGCCAACCCCAUCGGAGGAAGAUAUGAUCCGUCACUAACCUUCUCCGAGAAUGUAGAUUUAACUGAGCCAAUCCUGUCCAGAUUUGACAUUCUCUGUGUUGUUCGAGACCUUGUGGACCCUGUUGAGGAUGAGAAGUUGGCUCGUUUUGUUGUGGGAAGCCACAUCCGUCAUCAUCCCAGCUACUCUGAAGGGGAAGGUGGCACACAAGAUGGGGACACGUUCCAGCAUACCACCCCCUCCGCCCUGAGAGAGGUGGAGGCCAUACCCCAGGACCUGCUCAGAAAGUACAUUGUCUACUCUAAGGAGAAGGUGCACCCCAAGCUGCAUCAGAUGGACCAGGACAAAGUGGCCAAGCUCUACGCUGACCUCAGGAAGGAGUCCAUGAGGACUGGAAGUAUCCCUAUCACUGUGCGUCACAUUGAGUCCAUCAUCCGUAUUGCCGAGGCUCACGCCAGGAUGCACCUGAGGGAGUAUGUCCAUAGUGAUGACGUUGACAUGGCAAUCAGGGUCAUGCUGGAGAGCUUCAUUGACACUCAGAAGUACGCUGUCAUGAGGAAUAUGAGGAAGGCAUUUGCCAACUACCUGGCCUACAAGCGUGACAACAAUGAGCUGCUCCUAUUCAUUCUCCGACAAUUAGCCAGCGAUCACUUGACUUUCAACAGGAACCGUUAUGGUGGAGAUUUUGAGCUUGUGGAGGUCCCAGAGGAGGAGUUCAUUGAAAAGGCGAGGCAAAUCAAUAUCCACAGUUUGGCACCGUUCUACGAAAGUGAAUUAUUCAAGAAGAACAAGUUCAUUUACGAUCGAUCUAGAAAGCAAAUAGUUCAACAACUCUAGAACCACAAACACAUUAACCGUUGCAUGCUUAUAUACAUAACAUACAGAAUUAUUUAUGAUCUAUCGUGCACACGAUCCGUGCCAGGUGAUCACA